GUAGGAGCAGGCCAAAAUGAAGUUCAAUCCCUUUGUCACUUCUGACCGAAGCAAGAACCGGAAAAGGCAUUUCAAUGCACCUUCCCACAUUCGCAGGAAGAUUAUGUCUUCUCCUCUUUCCUAAGAGCUGAGACAGAAGUACAAUGUGCGGUCUAUGCCCACCCGAAAGGAUGAUGAGGUGCAGGUUGUACGGGGACACUAUAAAGGUCAGCAGAUUGGCAAAGUGGUACAGGUUUACAGGAAGAAGUAUGUCAUCUACAUUGAACGGGUACAGCGGGAAAAGGCCAAUGGCACCAUUGUCCAUGUGGGCAUUCACCCCAGCAAGGUGGUUAUCACCAGGCUGAAACUGGACAAAGACCGCAAAAAGAUCCUGGAACGGAAAGCCAAGUGCCGCCAAGUAGGAAAGGAAAAGGGCAAAUAUAAGGAAGAAACAAUUGAAAAGAUGCAGGAAUGAAGUAAUCUUACAUGCAACUUUCAUUUUAAAAAAUGUAUCAAAGAUUGUUUGUUGUACUUAUGGUUAAUAAAAGUGUGGGAGUCUUGGUU